CGUAACUAAUAUAAUACCAUAAUGCGUUAACGCUCUUCAUUUUCAUUCGCCGAUCGCUCAUCAUUCCUUGACUGAGUUUAACGGCGCCAUCUUUCUUUUCUCACAAGUCUUGUCGGCUAGAAGAUUAAACAUGGGUUCCGUGGAACGUGCCGGUGAUGCUACUUCAGAGGUUGAGACCGGUGAUGAGGAGGAAAUUGCUGGUGGUGAAUUAGCAGCGCACUUGUUGAAAAGUGGCAUUACUAGAAAUGAGAUGCUAGUUGCUAUCACCAACCGCAUCCAUGCUGAAGCGAUGGCUUCAUUACCUCCCAAUGUGCGUCGGCGAAUCCGCGCACUUCGGUCCUUGCAGAAAGAGUUUGUAGACAUUGAAGCCAAGUUCUACUCAGAGGUGCAUGCGCUUGAGUGUAAAUAUGAGAAAAUGUAUAAACCACUGUUUGAAAAGCGAGCUCAAAUAGUAAAUGGUUCUUACGAGCCAACUGAUGAAGAGUGUCUAAACCCUUGGCGCGACGAAACUGAAGAAGAGGAAUUAGCUCGUAGUGUUCAAAAUGCUGCUAUUGCUGAUAGUGACGAGAAGAAAGAAGAAAACAAAUUAGCCGAGCCACCCAUGGACCCCAACGUAAAGGGCAUCCCAGACUUUUGGUACAACAUAUUUAAAAAUGUUUCCAUGCUGUGUGAAAUGAUGCAAGACCAUGAUGAGCCAAUUAUUAAAUGCAUUCAGGAUAUUAAAGUGAAAAUGCAUGAAGGUCCUAUUGGUUUCACCCUCGAGUUCCACUUUGCACCCAAUGAUUACUUCACAAACACAAUUCUCACAAAGGAGUACUCCAUGAAAUGUAAGCCAGAUGAGGAGAGUCCUUUGGAAUUUGAAGGUCCAGAAAUUUAUUCAUGCAAGGGUUGUGAAAUCAACUGGAAGAAGGGCAAAAAUGUAACAGUAAAGACGAUAAAGAAGAAGCAAAAACACAAGUCCCGAGGCUCAGUACGUACAGUCACCAAGUCGGUUCAAGCUGACUCUUUCUUCAACUUCUUCUCCCCACCCUUGAUGCCAGAUGACCCCAACUCCACCUUAGCUUCAGAUACACAGGCAUUGCUAACGGCCGACUUCGAAGUGGGUCACUACAUCCGCGAGCGCGUCGUGUCGCGCGCCGUGCUGCUGUACACGGGCGAGGGACUCGACGAGGACGACGACGACGACUACGAGGAGGAGGAGGACGAGGAAUGUUCGACGGAAGAGAGCGAGGACGAGGAGCCCGCGCCGGGGAGGCGCGCCAAGAAGGGGCAGCACGACACGCCCGCCGAGUGCAAGCAGCAGUAGCCGGCCGCUGCCUACUGGCACUAGCAUUUCCGUUCUGAAACCGCAUCUUGGUGCUAUAGCUAAAUAAUACGGGACUACGACUGCGGGUCGAUUCGUUACUACGGGCACGCGUGGCAGGCGGCGAAAACAUUAGUAUUCAUAUCUACGAGACGUAUUUAAGAUCACUCCGAUCACUUGUAAUCUCAAACUAAUUUGUUUGAUUCUCGUUCAUAAUAUUAUUGGUGUAUGAGGCUGUAUACUAACAAAGUAUCGUCAGACGCCAGAGAUACGUACAGACGGACACCGGCACAGGCAAUAUAUACCCGUUGAGAAUGUCGGUGCUGGUUCGUCUGUUAAGUUCGUCGCUACGAUAACCUUCGCUAAAUAUGACGGUUAUUUAUCAAGUUUGGAAAAGUACUGUAUUGUUGUUACGUUUGAAGUCUGUAGAUAUUGAAUCUACCUUAGUUAAAACGCACCGAUUAUUUUGAGCUGUUUCAAGGCCAGUAUGUUAACAUUGUUAUUUUCCUACCUUUUGAACUAAAUUGUUUAAAAGUAUAAUUUCUGCAAUUUUUUUUUAACUAGGUUUGUAUGUCGGUCUGCGACCAUGACAUGCGUACUUUUAAUAAAUUUGCAAGUUUGUUGCGCUCGAUUUUAAUAAAAUGAAGAAUUUAACAUUCCUUCUCGUUGAUGAUAUCGUUAUUCACCGUUUAAAUGUAUCCGCCUGUUUAAUAUCUUAUUUAAAAAUGCGAUCAUGGUGAAACCGCUAAUUAUCAAAUCACUGACAGUAUUUAAUCCAAAUGAAUUUUAUUAUUUAAAUCACCAAUUUUGGUUUCAAAUAAUGUUAGCGAAACAAUUGUGACGUAACUAACUGAAUUUGCUGUAAAUCGUGUAAACACCUGUCAUAAAGUUUAACUGUCUUUAAGACUGUAUACUAGUUAACCAUAAUAAUUUUUAUGUCGAAAUAUUGUAAGUUGCAAAUAAAAAAGCACAGUAUGGUGCAAAGAAGUGAUUGAAAAGCAGUUUUAAGAAGCGUUGAGUUAUCGCAUAUACCAGCUACACAUUAGGAUAUUUGUACACAACUUUUUUAAAAAUAAAUUUAGUUUUAAAA